AUGAUUUUUGCCGUGAUGGUGAUAGGCCCCGCGGGGUGCGGCAAGACUACGUUUUGUUCGAACAUGCGCGACUACUACAGCGACGCAAAGCGCCGCGUCUGUUUGGUGAAUCUCGACUGCGCCGCAGACGCCAGUGAGCUGAAGUACGACUACGACAUCCGCACAGAGGUGACGACGCGCGACAUAAUGAAGAUCUGCAACCUGGGCCCGAACGAGGCGCUGCUGCGCGCGUUCGAGUACCUGCGCGACGAAACGCACUGGGUCGAAGAGGUGUUUGAAGCGAGCAUCUGCGACGGCGAGAUUGUGCUUUUAGACUGUCCGGGGCAGAUCGAGUUGUACAUGAACUCGAGCGCGUUCCAGGACGUCGUGAAGAGUCUGCAAAAUUGGGACUAUCGCCUGGUGACGGUGUACACGAUGGACGCGAGCUUCGCGCUGGACGCGAACAAGCUCGUGAGCGGCACGCUCUGCGCGCUGACGGCCAUGUUAAACUUGGCGACGGCGAACGUCACGAUGAUUACGAAAGUCGACUUGCUGGACGCGGCGCAGCGCGAAGCGCUGCAGCGCGUGAUUGAGGAGCAGAACUACGACACGCUCCAGACGCGCGCAGACGCCGCGAACGAACGGAACCUUGCGCUGCUCCGCGAGCUGAACGCUUUGCUCGACGACUGGAGCUACGUGACUUUUCUCUGCAUGGACAUCAACGACGACCGCAGCCUUAUCGCGCUGAAGGUUCUGAGAGCAGCAACUCUUACCUAA